AUGGAGCCAUUUAGUCUUCCAGUAACACAUAUUGGUAGAACAACAGCAACAACACUGAAUUCAAACAAACUCCAUAAAACUCAAAAGAAACUUGAAGAAGUGAUAGAAAUUGUUCGAGGUGAUAUUGAUCGUAUUAUUGAGCGUGAAGGUCGAUUGCAGAAUCUAACCGCACGCGUCGACGAGAUGGAGUCUCGAGCAGAACAGUUUUCGCGUAAGGCAGUUCAGAUUAGACGUAAUAUGUGGUGGCGUAGUGUACGUUUAACGAUGGCCAUAGUUGGAGCUUGUAUGUUAUUCAUUGUCGGUGUCAUUGGUUAG